AUGGCUUCAUAUGUUCGGGCGUUGUAUGAAUUCUCGGGAGAACCUGGUACAUCCGAAAUAUCAAUUUCUGUGGGGGACGUACUGCAAGUAACUCGUACUGAUGUUGGUGAAGGAUGGUGGGAAGGUAAAAAUACAAACACGGGAUGUAUUGGACUCUUCCCUGCGGCAUAUGUUGAAGUAAUGUCCGCUGUAGAAGCAAAGCAACAGCAAAAUUCUCAAGUUUCACAAUCUACGUCUGAUAGCCAUAACACCACUGCAAGAUAUGACUCAGCAGUUGACGAUUAUAACGAUGGUGAUGACUGGGAAGAUGAUUGGGAUGAAGACAAUGACACAUACUCCGAAAUUGGACCUAGCAACAAUAUUAGCUCUAAAUAUACAGAGAAACAAUUGUCGCACUCUGCUAGUAAUUAUGAUAACAGAAACCUACCAGCUACUCCAAAUGAUGACAAUUCAGUACCAAUGCCCGGAAACAAUAACACUUCAAGUCUGAAAAAAUCUAGUAUGUUUGGGAAAAGUUCAGAUUCAUUUAUACUCGGUCUCGGAAAUAAAGAUAAAUUGCCGGAUAACGAAUUGGUUAAAAUUGUUCCAUAUGACAAUUUUUAUCAGUGGCAAUCAAAUGAAGGGCAAUCAUAUUCGGUCAUUGUUGCCAGUCCCAAAAAGGAGUCCAAAUUUAAGGGGAUGAAGACUUUUAUAGCUUACCAAUUGACUCCCAGUUUCAAUAAUAUAUCAGUAUCGCGACGUUACAAACAUUUUGAUUGGUUGCAUGAACGACUUGUGGACAAGUUCUGCUUGAUUCCUAUUCCACCUUUACCAGACAAGCAAAUAUCAGGAAGAUACGAGGAACAAUUUGUCGAACACCGACGUGUACAAUUGCAAGAAUUUGUAGAUUGGGUUUGUCGGCAUCCAGUUCUUUCCAAAUGUGAAGUGUGGUAUCAUUUUUUAACUUGCACUGACGAAAAGGUUUGGAAAAUGGGUAAAAGGAAAGCUGAGCGCGAUACAUAUGUUGGUAUAACAUACUGUUGGGCAAUAUCACCCCCUGAAAAGCAGUUGCUGCAAUCCUAUGUUGAUUCUCAAAUGGAUAGUUGUUCACAGUUUAUUCAUACAAUGGAUGUUUCUGUACGAAAUUUACUAACUAUAUCAAAUGAGAUGGCAAAAAAAUACCAAUCCCAAUCAAAGAAAGAAUUUCAACGUAUUGGAGAUGGCUUAUCAGAUUUAUCAAAAUCUCUUGCAGUGGAUGAAAGACGUGCUCCAUCGGGAAAUAAAUCUCUUGCCGACUCAGUAGCUAAAGUCGGCGAUAUUUUUUGUGUAAUUGGCCAACAAUUCGGAGAACAACCAAAGCUAGAUUGGAUACCAUUUUCGGAUCGAUUACAUAUAUAUAGGGGAAUACUCAACAGUUUUCCUGAUAUAUUGUCCACGCACAAAGGAGCUAUGCAAAAACGAAAAGAGUGCGAACGUCUUGCAGCUGAACAGAAGAUGAGUAAUUCACAAAUGGUAGAUGUAAAUCGUCGUACUGAUAUUGUCUCAUAUGCUGUUAUGGCUGAGAUGUCACAUUUUCGUAAGGAAAGAGAAACACAUCUGAAGCAAACGCUGAAGUCUUUGGUCGAGGAACAAAUAAAAUUCUACACCGCUAUUGUUUCCAAACUACAAGAUGCCUACGCACAAUUUGAUUGA